AUGAAGGAUGAACAUAAUAUUAAAUUCACUGCUCAAGAUUUAUAUGACAAGAAAGCAGACAAAACAGAGCUUCAAACAUUAAAGACUCAGAUUCUUCAAACAUUAUAUCCUAUAGGCUCUAUUUAUACUUCAAUGAACUCAACAAAUCCAGCAACAGUUUUAGGUUUUGGUACAUGGCAGCAGAUUGUAGACAAAUUCUUAUACUGUGCUAACUCUUCAAAGCAAACAGGAGGUUCGAAGAAAAUUACUGAAGCAAACCUUCCACCGCACACUCAUACAGGAACUACAAACACAACAGGUAGUCAUUCACAUUCAAUAACAAAAAGAGGUUAUACAAAUCUUGCAGCAGGUUCGGAUAGACAGGGAAUGCAUAGAUAUGAUAUUUCAAGUGACCCAGUAGAUUCAAGCGCAGGUAUUUUCUGUGGAACCGCAGGAAAUCAUGCCCAUACUUUCACAACAAAUCCAACAGGCUCGGGUGCAGAUUACAUGCCACCAUUUGUGACUGUAUUUGCAUGGUACCGCGUUCAAUGA